GCACUUCUCGUUUAAAAUGGCGGAAAAACAAACUGACAAGGACGGACAAUGUCUUCUUCCCAUGUCAAGAAUACGAACAAUUAUGAAAAGUUCGCCAGAUGUCGGAAGCAUUAGUCACGAAGCUUUGUUUCUGACUGGAAAAGCAACGGAGAUGUUCGUUAAAAAUUUGACAAAUGUGUCUCGAGGGAAGAGUCAGGACAAGAUGAAUGUUAGUUACAAAGAUUUAGCAGAAGUUGUCAAUUCAGAUGAUGUACUACAGUUUCUUCAAGAUAUCAUUCCAAGGAAAAUCAAGGCGAGGGAAUACUUAGAACAGCUAGAGGAUGAGGAUGAAGAUUCCUCCUGACAGACCCUAAGUCCCCCUGAAAGAUAGCAAAUCCCCAUGGCAAUAUUAAGAGACUCAACAUGCAUUGUAUAGAACUGUGUCCAUAUUUCAUAUGUAGGAUAUCAAACAAUGUUUUCAUACAAAUUCAUUCAUAAACUAAAUAAAUUAUAUGUAGUGAAAAAAGAUGUGUUGUUCAAGGAUGAUCAUAUUACCUGUUUGAAUGUAGAAAGAGAAAAGCAACUACGAUAUUGUUACUUACUUUCCAUGUCGGGAAAACUAACUUUAAAAAUACUCUGAUCAGAAAUAGUAGCAAUUCAUCUAUAUAUUCUGCAACUAGAUUCCAUUGUUGGAUAAUCUAUCAUAAAGCCCAAGUUCUUCUUAGAUUUAUCUAUUGGUUACAGAAUUUUAUUCACUUAUCUAUGAAUGGUACCUGCUUUUAGUAAGAAGGCAAAGUUCAAGUUCAGGGUCAGAACAUGGGGAAUGUAAGGAAUGUUAGAAGGUAUUGCUACACAGAAUAAAACAAUUCAGUAUAGAAUUGUUACAUUUUUUUCAGAACAUGAAAUUAAAAAAAAUAUCUUGCUUACAUUAAAUAUUUUAAAAUG